AUUAGCCUGGCGGCGCUUCCAUCCCUGAAAAGACCUUGCAUCCAUCUUGAUCUUGUGCGUCUUGUGCGUCUUGUGUCUCCCCACCGGCGAGAUUGCCGCCAGCCAGGACAGUCAGGCCAGUACAGACGUAUGUAUAUAGCCGCCGCUUCUUCGCUUCUGCAUGCGACGCUGUCCCAACACUUACUGACUGACUGACUGACUGACUGACUGUCCCCGUCCUUGCAAUUGCCUCAUCAGUCCAAUUGCUAUCCCAGUCCCAGUCCCAGUCCCAGUCCCAGUCUCGGGACCCGACCCGGGCACCAAACCGCUGGGCUGUUACAGAGUCAUGUUGAACAUCCUCGGCAGACGGGGCCUCUAAUGUUUCACACGUAAAGUUUCGAAUCGAUCACACCCUGCACUCCAAACAUCCACCGUCACUGCCACUCUCCCAGAGAAAUAAAUACGCCCAAGCCGUCCUUGGCCGCCGCCGCCGCCGCCGCUGCGGUGUUUCGCGUCUGCCUCGUCUUCUCCCCUCCGCCCAUCCAGCAUGUCGGCUCACCAGAACCCUCCAAAGAGACCGAGGCUGUCCCUCCAGAUCAAGACAAUAGCCAAUGGCCCAAAUCUCAGAGGCUCCAGGACCGUCGCUGCUGCAGUCAACCCGACCUCGCCCACUGCCUUCAACACCCUGUCCAAUGUCUACGUCACCGCCAUCGACAGGGCCACGCCCGUCACUGCCAUCAACACCUCGGCCAGCCAGCCCCUGAGGAUACAGACUCAGGACCUCAACAGGGACAACCACCACCAACACCAACAACAACAACAACAACAACAUGGCUCGCAUACGCCAUACGCCUCCACCUACCUGGACACGCCGCUCACGGCCCAGCCGCUGUCGCCAGGGGCAGCAGCACCAGUACCCGUGCAGUUCCCAAGCACCAUGACAGCCACGCCGCCGCUGUCGUCGGGGCCCGUCGACGAUGCAGACCCAAAGCCCUUCUCCUUCUCGGCAGAGGACACGGCCAGCGCUGCAGCAGCCGGGCCAACGUCAGGCCCCUCCUGGGCAAUUGCUGGCUUCCCGCCCUCGUCCGCCUCGACGCCGGCGGGCGGCUUCUCGCGGCGGCGGGCCACCCUGCCCCUGACCGUCUCGAGCUCCUCCUCCGGGAUACCCCUGCCCUACGUGCGCAACCGCUCCCUCCACAGCAUCCUGCGCAACUCGCCUCUGCCCCCGCCCACCGCCAGGACCCCCGUCUCGCCCCGCCGCCAGUCGCUGCGCCUCGCCGAGAAGGCCGCCCGCCGCGUCGGGUACGGCAGUCCCAUCGAGCAGGAGAUUGUCAACAACGAGUAUGUCAAGUCACACAUCGACCUGCUGGCCGACGAGGUCUCGCCGCGCUCCGCGUCCUCGCCGUCGGGCACCACCCCCGGCGGCGUGUCCUCGCCAAACGACCAGAUGGUCCUGGACUCGACCAUGGCCUACACGGGCGACGAGACCCGUGACGGCGGCCAGACCCCCGGGCCCUUUGAGGAGAUGAGGAGGCGCAUGGCGGGGCUGGCCACCAGGACGCCCACCUCCCCCACCGUGCCGGCGUCGUCGUCGUCGUCGUCGUCUUCGCCAUCCGGGAUCCGGAAGAGGCGCAAGACCACCAGCAAGGAGACCAAGAGGCGGUGGGUGUGGACCAUCGGCACGCAGGAGGACGACGCCGACGACAGGGAGGUCGGCGGGGCCAUUGCCGCCAUACGGGCGGCCGCCAGGGCGCAGGCGCAGGCGCAGGCCGAGGCCGAGGCCAAGGGCCAACCGCAGGCCGGCCCCGGCACCACGGACUGCAGUACUGCCGGGGCCGGGGCCGCAUCCACUGCGAUGCCAAAGCUGGUGGUGCAGCCGGUGGCACCGUCGCCGGCUGAGAUCCCCACGCCCAGCAUCGAGACGUUCGACGAGGCGGCGGCCGAGGCCGAGGAUGUGGUCAUGUCUGAGUCAGAAGCAGAGGCUGAGACGGAUCCCGCGGAGGGCACCAGCAGCGCCGGCGGACUGGCCGUCGGCGCUGACAUGGAGGUUGACCUGGUGACCCCGACCGUCGCACGCAGGAACAACGCCCACCUCAGGUCGGCGAGGCAGGACUCGGAGGGCCUCUUCAAUUCUGAGACGGGGAGCCGGCGGGACACACCGAUCCCCGCGGACUUGAUCUCAUAGCCGGACUAGGAGCUGGAUGCUGCCCAGGAGGUAGAUGGGUACCCGCGGGGCAAAGCAUUGGUGACUUGAUGUCGUCACAGGGGAGCCCGACUUUCGAGGGUCGGGCAAGGAAUGAUAUGGAUAUGGAUAUGGAUGGAUAUAUGCAGACGCGAAUUGUACAUGGCAAAAUGCGAUUAUCUGGGUUCCUGGCAUGCUCCGGUAGUUUGGUUCAUCGGCAGCUUCAUUUAGCAUAUAGCAAGCGAGCAUCACUGCGCGGGGCUGAAAUUUUCUGGUAGCGCACGGGGUGUCUGUGUGGGUUUCAAAUGGGAUAUCGGACUGCGGAUGACAGAGGGGAGAACAUGUUUCCAUAUUUGUAACAACAUGUUCCGACGAAUUCACGACCAAACACA